AUCCGAUCCCAUUCGUUCCUUUCAGGCAGCUGUUCGGACAAACCCACCCAUUACAAUCCUUUUUAAACAAUGAAGCAAAUUCAGCCUCUUAUCACAGCUGCUAUCCUUGCCAUCGCGCUUGUUGCAUCCACCAGUGCUGCUCCGACCCAAGACAAGCGAUCUCUUCUACAUCUAGAUGAAACAAUCGGAAAUCUUCUACACACUGAUAUCGAUGUCCUUGGAAAGGACGAUCUCUUGAAAGUUUGCUUGCAUCUCAACUUGAGCGGUGGCCCAUUGCCAACUAAAUGCAAUGGUCUCAUUGAUACAGAUAAUCAAGAAGAUUGUGGUUGCGAAGACGACGACGAUAAAGACCACGGCAAAGGUGAUGGUGACCAUGAUGGUGACAAAGACCACGGCAAAGGCGAUGGUGACCAUGAUGGCGACAAAGACCACGGGAAUGACAAGGGAAAUCAUGACGCUACGAAUCCUGAUGACGAAACAGGACAUCCUGGAGAUCAUGACGGAUCCGGAGAAACACCAACGGGCCCAUCCGAUGAAGACUGUGAUUGCGGAGACGACAACGAUGAUGAUAAUGACGAUGAUGAUGACAAUGACAACGACGAUGAUAACGACGACGAUGAUGACAAUGAUGAUGACAAUGACAACGACGAUGAUGAUGACGAUGAUGAUGACAAUGGUGAUGACCAUGACAAUGACAACGACGACGACGACAAUGACGACGACAAUGACAAUGACAAUGACAAUGACAAUGACAAUGACAAUGACAAUGACAAUGACAAUGACAAUGACAAUGACAAUGACAAUGACAAUGACAAUGACAAUGACAAUGACAAUGACAAUGACAAUGACAAUGACAAUGACAAUGACAACGACAAUGACAACGACAACGAUAACGACGAUAACGAUGACAACGAUGAUGAUGAUAACGAUGAUGAAAAUGGCAACGACGAUGACAACGACGAUAACGACAACGACAACGACAACGAUAAUGACAAUGACAAUGGCAACGAAGAUGACAACGACGAUAACGAUGAUGACAAUGACAAUGAUGAUGAUACCCCCAAGGAUCAGGGUGAAAGCUGCAGUGGAGCUCCAACCACUAGACACAGUGACAAGACUUGUUCGCCCGUUGAAAUUAGCCUCAAGGCAACUCUGCCCGAUCUUGAUGUUAAGAUCAAUUCCAUCAUUUCUACUGUUAGUAACAGAGCACAAGUUCUGAUAAGCGCAAAGGUCAAUACUCUCCUCGCUGGAAAAUCUACAACCGAAGCAGCACUUGAAGCUAAGGUAAAGGCAAGCAUUGAGCUACUGAAAGGUGGAAUUCCCAAGAAGGACACCAUCACUGUUACCGACUGUGGCAGAGACCAUCCCAAUGCCAUCGUUAUUGAUGCUGUGGUAGACCACCUCCUCAAUAUUAAGGCACAAGUUCGUUUGAAUCUCUCAAAACUACUGGGAAGUGUGUCAAGACCACUUAACCGUCUGCUCGAUGUUCAUUUGCAAGCUGUCAUUGACGGUCUUCUUAUUGUCAAAGCUGACGCCGAAUUCUAAAAACCGCAAUAUCCAGAGACCAUACAACAAUUUAUUAUAUUUCAAAUUCGGCAUACACUCAAAUUUUCCAUAGAUAUCAUACUAUGGGCCACAACCUAGGAUAGUCCCCCAUUUCAUCGAUAUGAUGAAAUCAUGGUUUAUGGAUGCCUCAUCUGCCUGUACUGAUUAAGAGCGUUUUAUAACUGAGCAUCAAGCAUAUUCCCGUUUCAAUAAAAAAGCAUAUUCAAGAGAUUUGAACUGCCCUCUUGACAACGCUGGAUUAUAGGUAGUCCAUAUAUGAUUUCGCCAUACUAAAUGUCAAAUAAUAAAAUAUCCUGAGCAUUUACUAGAUCACUUAUGGUUUAAAAUAAGAUGCUUAAUAGCCAAGUGCC